AUGGCCGUAAAGAAAGCCAAGAAAAGCGCCGAAUCAAUUAACUCACGUCUAGCUCUUGUCAUGAAGAGUGGCAAGUAUACUCUAGGCUAUAAAUCCACUUUAAAGACUUUACGCCAGGGAAAAGCAAAAUUAAUAAUCAUCUCUGGUAAUUGCCCGCCGUUACGAAAACAUGAACUCGAAUACUAUGCAAUGUUGUCAAAGACAACUGUGCACCAUUAUUCUGGAAAUAAUAUUGAUCUUGGUACAGCAUGCGGCAAAUACUUUCGCGUUGGUGUGUUGAGUAUCACUGAUCCAGAAACACAUUUUCGAGUAAUGAUGGGAGAUAGCGGUGGUUUUUUUAAGGGAACUAGCCUUGAACAAGACAGUCGGUUCUCCGACAAGGAGAAAAAACUACUCAAAAGCAUGAAUUUUCCGGCUGAAUUUAACAAAAAGGUUGACUUCGACAAAGUGAACAUGACAGUAAUCAAACCAUGGAUUGCCAACAAAGUAGUAGAAUUACUGGGCGCGGAAGAUGAAGUGGUCGUAAAUUACGUGUUUGGGUUACUAGAAGAACCGAACCUCGACCCACGAAUGAUGCAAAUAAACCUAACAGGAUUUUUGGAAAAGAAUGCACCAAUAUUUGUCGCGGAACUGUGGAAAUUACUGCUGUCCGCGCAAGAAGGCGUUGGUGGUAUUCCUACAGUGUUUUUAGAACAGAAAAUGGAAGAAAUACGUAAAAAGAAGGAACAAGAUGAACGGAUAAUGUCCGAAAUAAGGAAAAGAAGGGAUAAAGAAGAUGAAGAGCGGGUGAGACUUCGUGAUGUUCGAGAAAGAGAACGGAGAAUGAGAAUGAUUCUGUUGUUGAUGUUAAAUGAAAUUAUCAGUUUAGUUUUCGUGAUGGUAGUAAUGAAUGAAAGGAUGGUAUUUAGAAGUAUAACGAGGGAUGAAGAGAUUCGACAUCGAAGAAGUCGUAGUAACAAUGAUAGCCAUGAUAAUGAUUAUAAAGAUUCGCGAAGAAGCCCUCGCAGUAACAAAAGUGAAGACGACGAACGAGACAGAGAACAUGAUAGUCGACACAGUAGCAGUAACAGACGUCGCUCUCUUAAGAGGGGUCAAAGUAAUGAACGUAAAAGUUCUACAGCUGAUCGAUCAUCACCAUCUUCUUCAUUACCGCCGCCUCGUGAACGGGAUCGGGAUCGUGAUGAUAAAAGUAAUAGAGAGACAGCGUCAUCGUCACGACAAAGACAUAAAAGUAGAUACUCGAGGAGUCGUAGUCGAAGUCGCGAUCAAAGGCGGCAUGAGGAACGACGUCAUUAUGAAUCUCGACAGCGCCGUAGUAAUCAGAGUCGUAGUAGGAGUAGAGAACGUGCCGAUGGAGGCAUCGAACGAGAUGAUGAAUCAUUACAUAAAAGUCGAAGACACUCUUCAAAGAGAGAAUAUAACGAUACUACUAAUUCUCCUAAUAAUGCGAAACUAAAUUUAUUGUUGUCACCUAAUUCUCGUUCUUCACCCGAAACUGAAAGAAACAAUGAUCAGAUUCAAAACACAACAUACGACGACAAUACCCAAGCCGCAACUAUCAUCAUCCCGCAAGAAACUUGUCGAAGUUCCAAUAUUCAAGUCUAA